UGUGAUCUAGAAUGCACUGCCUGAAAAGGAUCAUCACUUCCCAAAGGAAAUUGGAGCAGUGCGUCCCAGGAAAGGAUUUCAAGCUGUGGGGGCCGCACCUUUCUCUUCAAGUGGACCUUUGGCCUGAGCGUUUGCUAUCUGCUACCACCUGACAAGAUUAACCUGGCCGGGUUUUAAUCGAACGUAACCAUGACAACGCAUGUUACACUGGAGGAUGCUCUGUCCAAUGUGGACCUUCUGGAGGAGCUACCUCUCCCUGACCAACAGCCAUGCAUCGAACCCCCUCCCUCCUCCAUCAUGUACCAGGCGAACUUUGACACCAACUUUGAAGACAGGAAUGCGUUUGUUACUGGGAUCGCCAGGUACAUCGAACAGGCCACCGUACACUCCAGCAUGAACGAGAUGCUGGAGGAGGGACACGAGUAUGCAGUGAUGCUGUACACCUGGAGGAGCUGCUCACGCGCCAUUCCACAGGUCAAGUGUAACGAGCAGCCGAACCGCGUGGAGAUUUAUGAGAAAACCGUCGAGGUUCUAGAGCCCGAAGUUACCAAGCUGAUGAAGUUCAUGUAUUUCCAGCGCAAAGCGAUCGAGCGAUUCUGCAGCGAGGUGAAAAGGCUGUGUCACGCGGAAAGACGCAAGGAUUUCGUAUCAGAGGCGUAUCUCCUGACCCUCGGCAAGUUCAUCAACAUGUUCGCUGUGCUGGACGAACUGAAGAACAUGAAAUGUAGCGUCAAGAAUGACCACUCAGCUUACAAGAGGGCCGCUCAGUUUCUGAGGAAAAUGGCUGACCCCCAGUCCAUCCAGGAAUCUCAGAACCUUUCCAUGUUCUUGGCAAAUCACAACAGAAUAACCCAGUGCCUGCACCAGCAGCUGGAGGUCAUCCCUGGUUAUGAGGAACUCCUGGCUGACAUCGUCAAUAUCUGCGUCGAUUACUACGAGAAUAGAAUGUACCUGACACCCAGUGAGAAACACAUGCUGCUGAAGGUGAUGGGCUUCGGUCUGUAUCUGAUGGAUGGAAAUGUGAGCAAUAUCUAUAAGCUGGACACCAAGAAAAGGAUAAACCUCAGUAAGAUCGACAAGUUUUUCCGGCAGCUUCAAGUGGUGCCGUUGUUUGGGGAUAUGCAGAUAGAAUUGGCCAGAUACAUUAAGACCAGUGCUCACUAUGAGGAGAACAAGUCCAAGUGGACAUGUACGCAGAGCAGCAGUAGCCCUCAGUACAACAUUUGUGAGCAGAUGGUGCAGAUUCGGGACGACCACAUCCGCUUCAUUUCUGAGCUCGCACGUUAUAGUAACAGUGAGGUUGUUACCGGAUCAGGCCUGGACAGCCAGAAGUCGGAUGAGGAAUACCGAGAGCUGUUUGAUUUGGCGCUGCGAGGACUGCAGCUUCUCUCCAAGUGGAGUACGCACGUCAUGGAAGUGUAUUCCUGGAAGUUGGUUCAUCCCACCGAUAAAUUCUGUAAUAAGGAUUGUCCGGGCACAGCGGAAGAGUACGAGCGAGCGACUCGCUAUAACUACACGAGUGAGGAGAAAUUUGCACUGGUUGAGGUGAUCGCAAUGAUUAAAGGGCUACAGGUGCUGAUGGGCCGAAUGGAGAGUGUCUUUAACCAGGCCAUUCGGAAUACCAUCUACGCAGCCCUGCAGGACUUCGCUCAGGUCACACUGAGAGAACCACUUCGACAGGCCACUCGCAAGAAGAAAAAUGUCCUGAUCAGUGUACUUCAGGCGAUCAGGAAGACCAUCUGUGACUGGGAAAACGGUCGGGAACCUGCCAAUGAUCCCUGCCUGAAGGGGGACAAGGAUCCGAAAGGGGGCUUUGACAUUAAAGUGCCUCGCCGUGCAGUGGGACCAUCAAGCACGCAGCUCUAUAUGGUGAGGACCAUGCUGGAGUCUCUCAUCGCUGACAAGAGCGGCUCCAAGAAGACCUUACGAAGCAGUCUGGAUGGUCCAAUUGUGAUCGCUAUCGAGGACUUUCACAAACAGUCUUUCUUCCACACACACCUCCUAAACUUCAGCGAAUCGCUACAGCAGUGCUGUGAUCUGUCCCAGCUCUGGUUCCGAGAGUUCUUCCUGGAGCUGACCAUGGGCCGAAGGAUCCAGUUUCCCAUUGAGAUGUCGAUGCCGUGGAUUCUGACGGACCAUAUUCUGGAGACCAAAGAGCCCUCCAUGAUGGAGUAUGUUUUGUACCCGCUGGAUCUCUACAACGACAGCGCCUAUUACACUCUGACCAAGUUCAAAAAGCAGUUCCUGUAUGACGAGAUUGAAGCAGAGGUGAACCUCUGCUUCGACCAGUUCGUUUACAAGUUGGCUGAUCAAAUCUUUGCUUAUUACAAGGCUAUGGCUGGCAGUGUAUUGUUGGAUAAAAGGUUCCGAGCGGAAUGCAAGAACUAUGGAGUCAUCAUCCCCUACCCACCGUCCAAUCGCUACGAGACAUUACUGAAGCAGAGACAUGUGCAGCUCUUGGGAAGAUCCAUCGACCUCAACAGACUCAUCACCCAGAGAAUCUCAGCUGCGAUGUAUAAAUCUCUGGAUCAUGCAAUCAGCCGCUUCGAGAGUGAGGAUUUAACGUCUGUUGUGGAAUUAGAGUGGCUGUUUGAGGUUAAUCGUCUCACCCAUCGUCUCCUCUGCAAACACAUGACCCUGGACAGCUUUGAUGCCAUGUUCAGGGAGGCCAAUCACAACGUAUCUGCUCCGUAUGGACGAAUCACUCUGCACGUCUUCUGGGAGCUCAACUUUGACUUCCUGCCCAAUUACUGCUACAACGGGUCGACCAAUCGGUUUGUUCGGACAGCAAUUCCCUUUACAGAUGAGCCUCAGAGGGACAAGCCUGCCAGUGUCCAGCCAUAUUACCUUUAUGGGUCAAAGCCCCUGAACAUAGCCUUCACACACAUCUACAGUGCCUUCCGCAACUUUGUGGGUCCCCCUCACUUCAAGACCAUCUGCCGGUUGCUGGGCUACCAAGGUAUCGCUGUGGUGAUGGAAGAGCUCCUGAAAAUCGUCAAAAGCCUGUUACAGGGCACCAUCCUGCAGUAUGUGAAGACCCUGAUAGAGGUGAUGCCCAAGAUCUGCCGGCUGCCUCGACAUGAAUACGGAUCCCCAGGAAUCCUGGAAUUUUUCCACCACCAGCUCAAGGACAUCAUUGAGUAUGCGGAACUGAAGACGGAUGUGUUCCAAAGUCUCCGGGAAGUUGGCAAUGCGAUCCUCUUCUGCCUGCUCAUCGAGCAAGCCUUGUCUCAAGAAGAGGUUUGUGAUCUUCUGCAUGCAGCACCUUUCCAGAACAUUCUACCCAGGGUAUACAUCAAAGAGGGUGAGCGGUUGGAGGUCCGAAUGAAACGCUUAGAAGCAAAAUAUGCUCCUCUGCACCUUGUUCCUUUAAUCGAAAGACUGGGGACACCACAGAACUUUUCGCAGCGAUGGAAAGACAAUCUACCAGUCAGUCAAAUAGCGAUUGCCCGAGAAGGGGACCUGCUCACCAAGGAACGCCUGUGCUGCGGCCUGUCGAUGUUUGAGGUGAUUCUGACCCGCAUUAGGAGCUACCUGCAGGACCCAGUGUGGAAAGGACCCCCAGCGACCAACGGUGUCAUGCAUGUCGAUGAGUGCGUGGAGUUCCAUCGGCUGUGGAGCGCCAUGCAGUUUGUUUACUGCAUUCCUGUUGGGACGAAUGAGUUCACGGCUGAGCAGUGUUUCGGAGAUGGUUUGAACUGGGCUGGGUGCUCCAUCAUCGUUCUUCUGGGGCAACAACGACGCUUUGACUUGUUUGAUUUCUGUUACCAUUUAUUGAAAGUUCAGAGGCAGGACGGCAAGGAUGAGAUUAUAAAGAAUGUACCUCUGAAGAAGAUGGCAGACAGGAUCAGAAAGUACCAGAUCUUGAACAAUGAGAUUUUUGCCAUGUUGAACAAGUACCUCAAGUCGGUGGAGAAUGACAGCUCAACGGUAGAGCAUGUGCGUUGCUUCCAGCCACCAAUUCACCAAUCCCUGGCCACUACCUGCUAGAAGUGACACUGGCCUUUGACCCAUGAUCUUCGUUCAGGAUGAGAUCCAGAAACAGAACUGAGCUCAAGAGUCAUCAUGGACCAAAUUUCUGGUUUAGUUUUCAGUGGUAUCUGCAUUCCCUGGUAAUGCUUAACCUCAACCAUGAGUCGGAGGGGUUUAUCUCUAAGCUUCUCUGUGUCACUUUAUUUCAACUGAGCCAUUUAGAAACAAGAACAACAUUUAUCUUUAGCCACCAAAUAUUUGCAGCUAAAAUUGAGCUGCUUUGUGUAAGUUACUUUUGAAAGAGGAGGAGGGGUGGACGAGAUUAAAUUUACUGAUUGCAGGAUUCAGAUGAGAGCAACAUGAGCUGACUUUAAAUCGGUCAAUUCUGCUACGUGUCCUGUACGUGCACUGUCCCUGGAGUGGUUAAUGCUGUGUUAUUAUAACCUGGUGCUCCCUAGGCACCAAACCCAUGCCACCUGCUAUGAUCUAAGCACUUUGCAGAGCCCUAGUUACAGUGUGACAGGGAGUUCCCUCAGGGUUUUAACAAGUGGUAUCAAAAAAUUUUGAACACAAUGUAAUUUCCCAAUGGAAAUUUGUGGUCAUCCUGCCUGCCCCUCUGGGGACUAUUCCCUUAAAAGCCUCUGAUUUCACGUGUAUUUGGAGAGAAGUGUUUUGGUGUGCAAACUUACAUUUCUGUAGGACCCACCCCAAGGUGCUUCAUAGCCAAUGUUAUAUUUCAUAAAGCUAGUUGGUAAAGGUUAGAACUGGAGCUAAUUAUUGCACACUUUCGGUGUUUAUUUAGGGAGCUGCACAUUGGAAGCAUGCACCUCCUAUCCAAGGAAGUUAAUUUCAGGUUUUUGUCUACCUGGAGGAUCUCAGGGGCAUUUUUAGUCAACCUGUUCAGAGAUGUUACGACACCUGCUGGAGCAGCUGGGAUUUGAACCCAGGCCUCCUGAUUCUGAGGUAUGGACACUAUUACUGCCACCACAAAAGCCCUGUAUGAGGGUUCAGACCUGUUUUUCUAAACUACCUGUUGCACAGCUGUGGAGCAGGGGACUUGAACCCAGGACCUCCCAUCUAGAGGUAGGCACACUACCAGUUUUCCAUAAAAGGACCUAUGAGGGCUCAGAUCGAUGCUCAGGUCACACCCAUCAGCUGCAAACAAUUAAAUACAAUUAAUACACAAUUAACAACCUGCUAAUUCCAAUUCUAAAUGUUUCUGAUUUUAUUAGAGACUUCUAGUGCAACAGUAAUAUCCCCGUCUCUGGACCGGAAACUCUAGGAAUUAAAUUCCACCUGUCCUGAAGUUGUCAAAAUAAGUCUGAACAUGAUUUUUUAAAAAUGUAUUUUGUGAAGUGUAGUUGCUGUCAUAAUGUAGGAAAUGCUCAGCCUAUGUUCAGCAACCUACCACAUAGAACAAUGAAAUCAAUUUAACGACAGGUAAUAUGUUUAUGUCAUACGAGUUGAUAGUUUGUGUUGGACAGAUCACCAGGAACUACUCAGAAAUAAUGCUAUUGAAUCUUUUACAGACGGUUUAACAUCUCCCCUGAACAGCAGCACUUCUAGAUGUGCAGUAUUCACUCAUUACUGUCCCUCUACGAGUACAGUCCUCCUUCAGUACUAUCCUUCUACCAGUACAAUGCUCCCUCAAUACUAUCCCUCCAACAGCGCAGUGCUCCCACAGUACUAUACCUCUAACAGUGCAGUGCUCCCUCAGUACUAUCCCACUAACAGCGCAGUGCUCCCUCAGUACAAUCCCGCUAACAGGGCAGUGCUCCCACAGUACUAUCCCUCUAACAGCGCAGUGCUCCCUCAGUACUAUCCCACUAACAGCGCAGUGCUCCCUCAGUACAAUCCCGCUAACAGGGCAGUGCUCCCUCAGUACAAUCCCGCUAAUAGUACAGUGCUCCCUCAGUACUAUCCCUGUAACAGCACAGUGCUCCCACAGUACUAUCUCUCUAACAGCGCAGUGCUCCCUCAGUACUAUCCCUCUAACAGUGCAGUGCUCCCUCAGUACUAUCCCUCUAAUAGCACAGUGCUCCCUCAGUACUAUUCCUCUAACAGUACAGUGCUCCCUCAGUACUAUCCCGCCAACAGGGCAGUGCUCCCUCAGGACUAUCCCUAUAACAGUGCAGUGCUCCCUCAGUACUAUCCCUCUAAUAGCACAGUGCUCCCUCAGUACUAUUCCUCUAACAGUACAGUGCUCCCUCAGUACUAUCCCGCCAACAGGGCAGUGCUCCCUCAGUACUAUCCCUCUAACAGUGCAGUGCUCCCUCAGUACUAUCCCGCCAACAGGGCAGUGCUCCCUCAGUACUAUCCCUCUAACAGUGCAGUGCUCCCUCAGUACUAUCCCGCCAACAGGGCAGUGCUCCCUCAGUACUAUCCCUCUAACAGUGCAGUGCUCCCUCAGUACAAUCCCGCUAACAGUACAGUGCUCCCUCAGUACUAUCCCUCUAACAGCGCAGUGCUCCCUCAGUACUAUUCCUCUAACAGCGCAGUGCUCCCUCAGUACUAUCCCUCUAACAGCGCAGUGCUCCCUCAAUACUAUCCCUCUAACAGCACAGUGCUCCCUCAGUACUAUCCCUCUAACAGUGCAGUGCUGCCUCAGUACUAUCCCUCUAACAGCGUGAUCCUCCCUCAGUACUCUCCUUGUAACAGUACUGCACUUGCUCACUGCUGCACUUUUUUGUCACCCUGGAUUAUAGGCUCAAGUCUCUGAAGUGUGAUUUUCAACCAUGACCCCCUGACUUAGUUUUCCUGGCCUUAACCCCAAACAAUGUGUUGGAUGAAUGGCUAAACAUUUUAACCCUUUCUCUGACUCAAUCCAACACGUUAACACACUUUGCAUAUUUUCAUGUUUUGUAGCUGAAACAUGCAAAUAAUUUAACUAUUUCACAACCAUUCAAAUACAAGCAAAAACAUAAAAGUUCUUGCGGAUGCCAGAAUGUCUCACGCAGUAGUGAAGCAGUAUGCGACCAGUCCAGUAAUUCAGAGAGUAAUAUUUUCUUUAAACAAACCAUUGGUUCUCUAAGUUCUUUCGAUAAAGAAACCUUUCCAGGUAUUGGGCAAGAAACUGGACUUAUAUUAACCAGUUGUCAAUGGUUCGUUUGGAAGGUUUACCACCAUGUCAGAGUGCUAGAAUGAGGCUGUCUAUGCCGGCCAUUCACAAAGCCCCCUGAAUGACUGAAAAUCACCAAUACACAGGGUCUGGUAGAAAACUGAGAGGCCUCCGACCACAGACAACGUGGCCUGACUGAUUUUUCUGUACAGCUUUGUCCAGCCAGGCUUCUACAAACUGUUUCUCAAAGACCUGAGCAGUAAAAUCUGACGGAAGACUCUGGAUCUCAGUCGCUGUGUUUAACGAAAAAUAUAAAAUAUUUAUCAAAUGUGAAUGGAAAUAAGGAGAUAUUAUUGCCAGAGAACAAAGGAAUUUUAACUUGCUGAAUUAAUUUAUGUGUGAUGUGUGGCCUCUGAGCUUUUAAUGUAAAUUAUCAGUGAAAGAAGGGUUUUCUACACUCUGUCUGCUCUCCGUGAACAGCGGCGUUGUGAAUUUGUUUGUGUUUGUACUGUUGCCGUGUUCUUAGUUUGGGUGUCAGCUAUGACUGUUGUAUCUGCCCCACGCACCCCUACCGCAGAACCUGUGAUGAAAGAUUACCAACAAGUAGCACUUUGGUAGCCAGUCUGUAGAGGAUGAGAGGGUGUUGCAAACCUCUCUGCAGAACUAAACACGAUUACUGGCCUUAAAAGUGUCACUCUCCUUCAGCUGAUGAGUGAGAAUGUAAUCCACUGUUUGUGCACUGUUUGUUUCUUGGAAUGUGUACAGUUUAAACACCACAACUGUGUACUGAUGUAGCAUUGUCAAAUCCCACUACUGUCGUAGAUAAGUCAAAAAGAAAUAAAAUUCCUGUCAAAUAUUACAACUA